UUAGAAAACCCAUUUCUGUCGCCUCCACAUUGUCAACUGAAAGACAAAUUAACAUCCUAGAAUAAGGUGAUGGCGUGUCUGUUUUAUAAAAGAAUGUGCUAAUGGAAGGUUUACCAGAAGCGCUCAAGAUUACAGAUUUGAAAAUGGGGAGACAAGUGUUCAUACUUCUAAUCCAAGCAGUGUUAACGGUCACAGUUUCAGGACAAUUAUGUAUUGACAGGAACAUUCAGACUGUCGGCAGAGUUGUAUUCGGAGAAGCCAGAGGAGAAUCAAUGAAGGGACAGCUGGCUGUGGCUUACACUAUUGUCAACCGAAUAAAUCAUGAGGGAUAUCCGAACAACCUCAGCGCAGUGGUCAAUCAGAAAACAGAAAGCGGAGGGUUUCAAUAUGAAACUUUAGAUCUUGCCAGUCAUACGCAAGCUUGGAACAACGCAGAGAGGACAAACACACUUGAAUACAGGAACGCUAUCCAGGCUUCUGGUGAUGUUCUAUGCAGGCGGAAGGUCGAUCCGACAGGAUGCGCAACAGAUUAUUGCGCAUUUGAUCCAUGUCAUGCAACAGAUUCAAAUCAAUGGUGGACAGCUACUAGUAAAAUGCAGAUUGGAAACCAUUUCUUUGUUUGCCGAGUGCCCGCUACUGGAUAAAAUCAUUCUUAGAUCUUUGUUUGCCGAGUGCCCGCUACUGGAUAAAAUCAUUCUUAAAUCUUUGUUUGUCGAGUGCCCGCUAAUGGAUAAAAUCAUUCUUAGAUCUUUGAGACUCUCAUGGUUCGUCUCAGAUCUUUUUUUCUAAACAAAAAAAAAGUUUAUUUGUUGUGUACAAAGAAUGUUAUGUUUGACAUACAUGUAUUUCCAACAUGCAAAUGAGCACUGUUGCUAUU